ACUGAUAAAAAUGAUAAGACCGCGCCAUUCGUGGCCACUAGAGUAAAUUACGAGACCUUUGAGCUUAUCACGACAUCUGUGACCGAAGUGUAGUGUUCCUCCAUACUUUGAAUCAUACACACGUAACGUAGAAAAGUAAUAAAAACCUAUAAUGGGUGCGAGAAAUCUUAAAGUGUUACAAGUGAUUUCUGGGUGGCAAGCGGUAGAGUUGAUACUAAAAUGUGUGUUCGUUGGCAUUUGGCAAAUUAUAGAGAUCUCUGUGAAAGGAUUGUGGAAAGGAGCAAGGAGGAAAGUGAAGGAUACCCCGCCGGUUGAACUGACCAUAGACUCGUCUGUUGGAACUCAUUGUUAUAUCAAAGUUAUGGGCGUCAAAUACCACUACGUGGAAACCGGCCCAAGAACAGGCCAGAAAGUCCUAAUCCUCAAAGAUGCACCCGAUUCCGGCAACUUAUGGGGACCUAACUGGGCGAAUGCGGUAAGAAGACUAGCAGAAACUGAUCACCAUGUGAUGACCCUCGAUUUGAGGGGAACGGGAGGCAGUGAGGGGGGUUCGAGGAGUGAGCUGUCUCCGCCGAGGGCCGUUGAGGAGUUAUCAGCAUUGUUGAAGGCGCUGGGAGUGACGGAGAAUAGACCAGCUGUUGUUAUUGGGUUUGGAGUCGGCGGAAUGCUCGCGUGGUACCUCGUCCACUCACGAGGUCCACUGAUCAGCAAGUUCGCAGUCAUCAAUGCUCCACAUCCGAAUCUUUACUGGCAGUUCCCGCCCGCCGCCUUUUGCCAUCGAGUUUUACAUUUUAUACAGAUGCCAUUGAAUAUUAACCCAUUGUACUUGCUUCAGUGGCCGCACUUCCCGGAGCGCUGGUUCGCGGAGGGAGAGCUGAACGACUGUGAUGGACGCUGGGCCAGCUCGAGGGCUUGUGAUUGGACUGGCGCACUAAAUUAUGUUAGAGGAGCAGCAUGGUGGCAAGUAAGACCAGGUCUCCGCACCUCAGCGCCAGCACUACUGGUAGGCGACAAGGACAGUGCAGGCCAGCUGGUGGCGAGCGCCCAGCAUUGCACCACGUCGACUCUGCGGCUGGUGACGAAGCCUGAGCCGAAUAGCAAGGAGUUAGCUGUGGUGCUGCUGGAUUUUCUUAUAUCCAAAGAAAAGUUAAUAGAAGAAGUGCCAAGAGGACUGAUGGGUCGUAUGUUUGGCGCCGUCGCCGACAGAGGGCGCGAACUCACGGCUAGGUUGGUACUACCGCCAACACAAGCUUGAUAAUGUGAAACUACCCCCAAAAGGGAGUAUGUUUUGUUUAAAUUGUGGAGUUAAUGCAAGUGGAAUUGAUUAUUCGGUGUAAAUAAAAUUUUAAACAAUGAGUGAGAUGUGAAAAGAUGUUCAAUGUGCAAUUUUAACAGUUUAUAAUUUAUCAAAAAUUAAAAAAAAAUCAUGAGGCUGAAUAUUCUGUUAAAAUUGCAUCAAGAUGUCCAGUGUAGAGUGAUCAAGUGUGUUCUACUUUUAAAUGUAUUAUGUAAAGGAUUGCUCAAAUAUUUUUUCAUAAAUAGCAUGCAGAUUCCAGUGCCAUAGACAUAGUUAUAGUAAGACCCAUUUUCACCGACAAGAAAAACGUCUGUCAUUCUUCAAGUUUUUAUUUUAGUGAAAAUUCAUAGUCAGCAGUUGUUUCUUGUCGGAGAACUUGGGCCUAAUAGUAGGUCUAUAAUUUUACUAUAUCUAGAUUAUACAUAGAUAUGUAAAAAUAUCCUUCAUGUAACCGGAUUGGAGUAUAGUUUAAUGAUUGAUAAGUUAGGUGUAAAGUCCAAUAAUCAAUUAAUUCCUUAGUGAUUAGACAAUUUCUAUAUCUAGUAGUAUCUGUUGUUUUAGCUUUAAUAGGAUGUUCUUUGUGUAAAUAUUUAUUUUUUAAGCAUGUUUUAUAGUCGCGACAUUUUACUUGAUUAUGCCUUAAUUUUAAAAUUACUUUAUACAAGGUAAGGAUCAGUAGGUAUCAAAAAUUUUGUAUGGAUAUAAAUUAAUGCUGGUCCGUUUUUUGCGUUUUUAUAUUUAUGACUUGUUGCAUAAAUAUUUAAAAUGUAUUUCAUAAUUUACCCAUUAACUCAAUAUGAUUGGCUGUAUGUUUAGAUAAUUAAUUUUGUCUGAAGCAUGUUUUAGCUACCAAAGACAUUCUCAAUGCAAGUGUGUUGUUUUCUAUGAAUGAUUAUUUUAUUAUUAAUGUAAUAUCAAGAUUUUAUUUAAAAUGGAAUUAUAAUAAUUUUCAGAUUUUUUUAAA